AGUCAGAGUCGGAUGUGUCCCUUUAUGGCCACAAAACCACCACCACUGCUCCACCACAGUUCCCUCCUCCCCCGUUGGCGCCCAUGCGUAUCACUGGUGGCGCUCGCCGCAGCGACAACCAACAACAAUACGACAGUGAUCCUCAAGACAUUCCGGUCCCCACCAUCCGCGCAAGAGCCGGCCUGCCACAGAAUCGUCGCAGUCUUUCCGGCUCCAGGUCCAGUAUCGACUCCGACACCUCCUCUACCCUCAGUCGGGGAGCGAGCCCCGAGCGUCAACUCCGUAUCAGCGGUGGUCUAGCGCCCCCGCCGCCCGUCCGCCACUGCUGCAACGGCGGUCGCGUCGGGCUAGGCAUCAUGCCCACGAUCCCCGGCUCACCCAUCGACGCCACACAAGAGCGGACCAUCAUGGACGGCAUCUCGCCCAUCAUGUCCCGCGCCCCCCAGGCUCUGCUGCCUCUCCCCGUUGCCGACCCAGCAUUCCGCAGUACCAGCACCAACAACCUCACCCUGGCUGUCCCCUCCGCUACCUACGGUACUUACGGUCACCACCACCACGGCCAAGUAGGAGCUGGAAGAGCCACCCUCCAUCCACCACUCACCAUCAUCACCGAGUUUCCCAUCGUCACCCCCUCUGGCUACUGGCCCACCAACAACAUCUCCCCACAAGAAUAUAAGCGUGCCGCGCCGCCGCCGCGCUCCCCGCUGUCCCCGCUCAGCCUGAGAGGGCUCGGCUCGUUCAUGGCUCGUAGAGGUUGCAAGAGGAAGGAGGUCCCGCCGCCGAUUAUCGUGCAUCCUAGCUCGCCUUCGCAGUUUGCGCAUGUCGUUAACAGCGCAGGAACGGAUAGUGUGGCGUUGGGAACUCCCGUUGAUGGUUUAGGCCCGAACAGCCAGUCGCCGCCGCCGCCACCACCACAUCUGCAGAUGCCAACAAACCCGCCCAAGAGGAGAAAGACGGUUUGGGGGAUGAUGGUGGAAGGAUGGUGGGAUUUGGGACUGUUGGAGAGGAUGGGGAGUGGAAAGAGGAAGAAUACUAUGAAGUGAUAAGAAAGAAAGAAAGAAAGAAAUGGGGGCGCAAGCCUAGGUAGUAUGGAUCGAAUAGGAUGGAAGGACUCGGUAAUUAAUAUGAUACCCCGGAAGGGAAAAUGGGAGGAGGUAGGGCAUGAAGGGAAGAGUUGACUAGGUAUAAUUUGGAUGACACAGGUACAAGAUUCGUCCCUAACGAUAGAACUGGAAAAGACGGGAUUGACUGCACUGGACGUCUGUCGCAUCGCCACACAGGACAUGUUUGGCAGGGAUCGAUGGAAACCACCAAAAAGGGGGAAGCAACAAAACUUGUUCUGGUAAUAAGUAGAUAGACAGAUAGUCUCAUAACGGAUGCAAGACUACGGACAAAUGAUGAUAACGACGUUCCACCAUA